GAAUUUGUGCAUUUCUUAAAUCUAUGCAUGUUCCUAUCUCUGAAUAUAAGGACCUAUACAAGAGUGUAUGUAUCAGUGAAUUAUGGCAUGUAGUCAUUUACUUAUUCUCCAAGUGAUGUGUGGUAGGAGACAAGGGCUGGAGCAUGAGGAGGAUGCAAAAAAAUCUAGGAAACCCCAUGUGGCCUUUUUGAGCUUACGGUAUACAGGAGUCUCUACCGGGCCAGUUGUAUAGAGUGGUCUGUGAUGUAAUUCAGCUAUGCCACAACAACCUAUACACUUGGGAGAAUACUCCAGAUGUUAGUUCCUUAGUCUGCUAAUUUUCAGGGUGAAACGUGGGAUGCAAGUGCUGACAGACCCCACAGUUCAGACAUAUUGCUCCCAGCUGCCUCUGACUAGAGUCAUGUAGUCCUUAGGUACUGUUAAAGAAACCUGUAAAAUUGCCUCAGGAAAUAAUGUAAAGUUGCCUCCCAAAAGGUCAGUGGGAUACUGUUCUGCCUGAGAUAACAAACAUAAUGUGACAUGUAUGCAAGAAGAAAAACAAUAAUUUGCAGCUUAGCCAUAGUUACGGGAUGUAAAACUUUCGCCUUUGUACUCUAGAGAUGACAUCACCAAUGCAAUCUGCUCAGAAUGUCUCGCAGUUCCAAGCCCCUAAAGCAGAACGACCAGGCCCCUGAAGCAGAACGACCACCUCGCUACAAUCACACCGAAACCAGACUGGGAGACGCCAGAAGGGAUAAGAUGAUCAAGAAGGGAAAUAUUAUAGCUGGCCUAACCCGUAAUCAACCACCAUGACCCAAGGCCCUGAGACCCUUACCCUGGAUUCUCGCCCUUUAAAAAACCCCUGCUUGUAAGCCACUGUGGAGUUGGGGACUUUUGAGCAUCAAUUCCCUCCUUCUCCGGGGUGGCGCCCCAUCAAUAAAUAGCCUUUCUUCACUUCUGCAGACGCUCCGUGUCCGUUGUUCCUGGCUUGCUGCCCGUCGGGUGGACGAGCUCUCGUUCGGUCGGGUUACAAAGUUCGGACUGCACGUCCUUUAAGAUUCCUUCCAGCUCUGACAUUCCACGAUGCGAUGGUUUCAUCCUCCUGCAACCGUAUGAACGCGGUUCAGGAAUAAAGCCGAUAAAUUAAGUCGUCCAAUCAACAUAUAUUUACUACAGUUCCUUAUUAUGUUUACGUAGGUAGAUAAGGAAUUAUAUUUUGGUGAACUCCCGCCUAUAAACGCCAACUCCUCGGUUCAGCGAUACUUUCUGAGCUUCUCGGAGUCCCGUGGCCCAGGAUCACGUGCCAGUCAGCGCCGGGUGUUGCUAUGGAGCCCAACGCGGUCCAAAUCGGAAGUGGUCCUUCAAAAUAACUUUCCCCGGGAACUCGUAUUUGAAAAAAGAAUGCCGUUCGAAUUCGUUUUUUUCUUAAAGUAAACCCGUAAGUAGAGAAACAAACUUUCCCUCCCAGAACCCAGAAAGACGCCUCUCCUCCUUAAAGAGAAGAACUUCCACUGCUUCAGCGACGGAGUCGGGCGGAACCAAAUAGCCGCGGGCACCGGUUCUCCUGAGAGUGCUUCUCUUGGACGAACCAGACCCCACCCCCGCAGGGUUGCCGUGGAGACGACGAGAGCUGUGUGCCUGCCAUGAGGCGUUGAGGCUGGGCCUCUCCUGUCUGUCGGUCCCGGGAAGGGGCUCCCCGACCCAACGCCAAGAUGAUGCUCUCAAGGGCCAAACCCGCUGUAGGCGGGGACCUACCGCACACCGACAAAAGAAAGAAGAAAGGGAGGAAGAUUCCGAAACUAGAGGAACUACUUUCGCAAAGAGAUUUCACUGGAGCUAUUACCCUACUGGAGUUCAAACGUCACGUUGGGGAGCAAGAAGAGGAUACUAAUCUGUGGAUCGGAUACUGUGCUUUUCACCUGGGUGACUACAAGAGAGCUUUGGAGGAAUAUGAAAAUGCGACAAAAGAGGAAAAUUGCAAUCCUGAAGUCUGGGUGAACCUAGCCUGUACCUACUUUUUUCUUGGAAUGUAUAAACAAGCUGAAGCCGCUGGAUUUAAAGCUCCAAAAAGCCGACUUCAAAACCGCCUCCUUUUCCACUUGGCUCAUAAGUUUAAUGAUGAGAAGAAGUUGAUGAACUUUCAUCAGAAUCUUCAGGAUAUCACAGAAGAUCAACUCAGUUUGGCCUCAAUCCACUAUAUGCGAUCUCACUACCAAGAAGCUAUUGAUAUUUAUAAGCGAAUACUGCUAGAUAACAGGGAAUACCUUGCCCUCAAUGUAUACGUGGCCCUAUGUUACUACAAGUUGGAUUACUAUGAUGUGUCUCAAGAAGUUCUGGCAGUUUACCUUCAGCAAAUUCCUGAUAGCACCAUCGCACUCAAUCUUAAGGCCUGUAAUCAUUUUCGCCUUUACAAUGGCAAAGCAGCUGAGGCAGAACUCAAAAGCUUGAUGGACAACGCUUCUUCUUCCUUUGAGUUUGCUAAAGAACUCAUCAGGCACAAUCUGGUUGUUUUCCGAGGAGGUGAAGGGGCUUUGCAGGUUUUGCCUCCUCUGGUUGAUGUCAUUCCUGAAGCUCGGUUAAACUUAGUGAUUUACUACCUUCGUCAAGAUGAUGUACAAGAAGCUUAUAACUUAAUUAAGGAUCUGGAACCUACUACUCCUCAGGAGUAUAUCCUCAAAGGAGUGGUCAAUGCGGCCCUUGGCCAGGAAAUGGGUUCGAGGGACCAUAUGAAAAUUGCCCAGCAGUUCUUCCAGCUGGUGGGAGGGUCAGCGAGUGAGUGUGAUACAAUACCUGGGAGGCAGUGCAUGGCUUCCUGUUUCUUUCUGCUGAAGCAAUUUGAUGAUGUCUUGAUUUACCUCAACUCAUUUAAGAGUUACUUCUACAACGAUGACAUCUUUAACUUUAAUUAUGCCCAAGCCAAAGCUGCCACAGGCAACACAAGUGAGGGUGAAGAGGUUUUCCUUUUAAUCCAAAGUGAGAAGAUGAAAAAUGAUUACAUUUACCUCAGUUGGUUGGCUCGGUGCUAUAUCAUGAACAAGAAACCAAGACUAGCCUGGGAACUUUAUCUUAAGAUGGAAACCUCUGGCGAGUCGUUUAGUCUCUUACAGCUCAUUGCUAAUGACUGCUACAAGAUGGGCCAGUUCUACUAUUCAGCCAAAGCUUUUGAUGUCCUAGAGAGGCUGGAUCCCAACCCUGAAUACUGGGAAGGCAAGAGGGGUGCCUGUGUGGGUAUUUUCCAGAUGAUCUUAGCUGGGAGAGAACCCAAAGAGACCCUUCGAGAAGUGCUCCAUUUACUGAGAAGCACGGGUAACACCCAGGUGGAGUACAUCAUCCGGAUCAUGAAGAAAUGGGCCAAAGAAAACAGAGUGCCUGUCUAAAAUAGCUCCAGAGUCUGAGGGAACCAGUCACCACUUGGAUGUGUAAAUGGAAAGCAUUUUCCUCACGUUUGAUAUGAAAUGCAGGGCUCUGCUCUCUGACAUUUCCUUCCUUGCCCCUCGACCCUCAAGAUCAGUGACUGACUUGCUUAGAACUAGCCUCCUGGCUGAACUAAAUGCCAUGGUCUGUCCUGUGGCUCCUGUAUGAUCCCACUAGCAAUAAGACUUUGGACUUGUCUGGUGCCUUUCUUCCAAAAAUACUCAGAGAACUCUUACAUAAUUAACUGACUUUAAGGAGAAUGAAUAAUUUUUUUUUUUAAUAUUGGCAUUCUGGCAUUUUCCUCUGGCUGCAAGGACAAAUGCCUUUAAUGCUCAAGAGUCACCAUCAUUCUGUCGUCUUCAUCUUAGCCAUCUGUACAUUAUCCCAUUUUACUGGGGAAUUCCAUUAAGAAUUUCAUGAUGCAUUUUUGAAUUGGGAGAGCAAAGGUUAUGAUUCUAAAAGGGCCAGUAAGAUCCUUUAUCAAACUCGUUAAUAGAUAAUGGAUUCUGGGGAUUACUCUUGCAGUAAUUCUGAUGAUAAAUAACAUGUUACAGUGGUAACAGGAGUAGUGGAGUUUUUUAAAAGGUGAGUACUAUGAAAACAGUCUGUGUGGUACAUUGAAAGGUAUUCAAGAAGUAGUAUACAAAUUGCAUUAGUCACUUCUCCAUUAUAUUUUAGGGAACAAAAUAGGGACUUUUUUCAUAUAUUGUGCUGAAUAAAAAUCAAUUUUGAAAGGAGGGCUACAUAGAUUAUAUGUAUGCAGUGUGGCUGUUUAUUAAUGUAACGAUAACAAAGCGUGAACUGUGCAGAGCUCUUUGAGGAACGUCCUCAUGGCCGGACUCUGUCCUAAGUCAUGGCAUGUUCCAGCCCCAUGUUUCGGAGCUCUCGCAACAUAUACCUAUUAUACAGCUGAGCAGUUUUAGACUCAACAACUGAUUUUUCAGAAAAUAGACAUACAUGUUUUUCUGUACCGGAUUACCUUUGUUCCUACACCAUGUAUUUUGUUCCUAUGAGUUUAAGGUCCGCAGAGUUACAGGUGUACCAAGUAUAGAGCCGUCCCUAUCCACCGUGGAACUGAAAGUCCGUCCUAGUUCCUGGAGCACAACAGACAGCUUCGAGACCUCACGUAAGCAUUGGCUCCGUUGUUGCACCCACGCCGCGGCAUGCUCUGUAGCUGAGCUGUACAGAAUGGGGCCAGGGACAGGGCCAGGGGCGGCUCAGGAGACCUCAGUGACUGCAGGUAGCCUCUACCUUCUGGACAUUUGCAAGGAGUCCUUUCAGUUCCUGUCUUUUGUCUUAGACCCAGUUCUAAUCAGUUCAGAGCACAAGUCAAAACAAACUGGCGUGAAUAACUGAAUUUUAGAAAACAAAAUUACAUUAUUUUUUGUAUGCCAAAGCUUCUACUUUCUCAUUAAUGUUGUUCCUACUUUUUCAGUAGUUGGUUCUCGGCAUCUAAGGUACUUGGUGGAUCAGAGCUGGGCAGAACCUGCUCUAAUUUUUGAAUUAUCUUGUGAUUCUUACUUAACGCUCAAUUAAAAUACUAGUAAACAUAGUAGUGGAAAAAGAUAGAACACCUCUGUGGCUUUUGGCAAUGAAAUUUGUCUUCCGGUUAA